AAUACGACAAAUACACAAGGUUAUGUGAUAAUUACCGAGUACUCUACAAUCGUACAUCAACAACCGGUCGUUGUUCAAUUAUCCCGAAUAAUAAUUGACAAUGAAUCUUCUGAGACUGAUCACAAGCUCCAAGUGUCAAAAUCUCCUGUCAAAAAUUCGUCCAACGAUCGACGAGUGUUUCUCCCCGAGAAUAUUAUACCACCGGACCUCCUUCGAUCACAAACACCGAAAGCACCAGGAGAAGAAACAACAACAGGAAGAGAUUGAUGGAAUUGGUUGGCUCCUCCUGAUAAUGCCCAUCUCGACAUUCGCCCUGGGCACGUGGCAGGUGAAGAGAAGAGAGUGGAAGCUCCAACUGCUGAAGGAUCUCCACGAAAAGGUGUCAUCAGAUCCGAUAUCCUUUCCAGAAAAUCCCCAGGUGCUAGAUAAUAUGGAAUAUCGACCAGUGAGAGUAAAGGGUGAAUUUUUGUACGAUAAAGAGAUCAGGAUUGGCCCCAAGAGUCUCAUAAUCGGUGGUUCAGCUGUUGGUGAGAAGACAGGUGGUCUCAUGAGCACCACCAGCUCCACCGGCUACUGGAUCGUCACACCCUUCAAACUCGUCGAUCGAGACAUGACUAUUUUAAUUAAUCGUGGCUGGGUUAAAGGUAGAAGAGGAAAAAUACCGGCGAAAGAGCUGGGGCAUGUGCCUGGAGUCGUUGAACUCACUGGAAUCGUUCGUCUGAAUGAAACGAGGCCAGUGUUUGUCCCCAAGAAUUCACCACAUGCUGGAAUCUUCGUCUAUCGCGAUAUAAAUGCAAUGGCAGAGUUGACCAAUUCGUCCCCAAUUUUUCUGGAUUUAAUCGCACGCGAUGGUACACCUGGGGGACCGAUUGCAGGGCAGACUAGGAUAUCAAUGAGAAACGAACACAUGAGUUACAUUAUCACUUGGUAUACUCUGUCUGCACUCACUGCAUUCAUGUGGUACAGACUGUAUAUUCUUAAAUUACCUUUAUUGUAAAUAAAAUUGUUGUGAGUGUUGUUUUUAUUUAAA